UUAAAUACAGGCUUGAGGACUCAACUACUCAGUUCCAAAUUCUAAAUCACAGUGGUCAAAAGUUUAGCUAGUAUAGAAUAUUUCAUACAAUUUAUAUUUCAAAUUCAAGAAUUGUCGGUAAUCAACUUAUUAAACAUGAAGAUUGUGUACUGUAUUGCUCUUGUCGCUGCAUUGGCUUUGUUCAGAGAAUCAUCAGGAUUUGAAUUAAACCAUGCCGAGGCCAUCCGUGUACACAGAGAGGUAAAAACUACUGAAGUACCAACCACCAUUGAGGCUAUACAUGAACGCACGGACGCCGAAACUACUGAAGUACCAACCACUACAGAAGCUACCCGUGAACACAGAGACGUCGAAACUACUGAAGUACCAACCACUGCUGAAGCUACCCGUGAACGCAGGGACGCCGAAACUACAGAAGUACCCACCACUACAGAAGCUACCCGUGAACUCAGAGACGUCGAAACUACUGAAGUACCAACCACUGCUGAAGCUACCCGUGAACGCAGGGACGCCGAAACUACUGAAGUACCAACCACCAUUGAGGCUAUACAUGAACGUAGGGACGCCGAAACUACUGAAGUACCAACCACUACUGAGGCUUAAACGAAACAUGUCGUUUCUCUCAAAGAGCUGAGACCACUGGUCUCUGCCAGGACUGAAUAGUUUUGAAUUUAAUAUGACUGUAUAACUACAUUUACAUGAACUUUUUACAUGAAUUUAGUUAGGUAUCUGUACAAUAAAUUAUUAGUACUCUCGUAUGAGGAGCAUUAA